GGAACAAAAGAGAAUAAAAAAAAAGUCCAAAGAUCAGAAGCCGGAGAGUGAGGGAGGGAGAGAAACCGGCAGUUAGCGGCGCUCACUUACUGGGAGGACACAGGCAGCCGGCGUGGAUAGGGGUCGGCGAGGCGGCAAUACUCUCCUACAGAAGCAGCCUGCACUUCUCUGCCAUGCACCAGCGAUUGGGACCACUGCCAGCUUACAGUACUGCCCUCCUGCCAAGAGCCAGGCUUCAGGGAUAUUAGCGGCAGCUAACUGCCACCUGGAGAGAAAGCGGGAGCUGGCAGUUUGUAUGAGGAACUGAAAAUCGCUGAUGCCGGCAGGUUUUGAAUGGACUAAACAUGAAGAGUCUGAAAGCAAAGUUCAGGAAAAGUGACACUAACGAGUGGAGCAAGUAUGACGACCGCUUGCUUCAAGCCGUGGAUCAUGGAGAUGUCGACAAAUUAUCGUCGCUGUUGGGGAAGAAAGGGGUGGUGGCCACGAAGAUGGACAGCGAGGGGAAAACUGCGGGCAAAUGCAUGCGCAGUUGAACAAAAUAGCCGACUUUCACCGCAAGACGGAAAGAGGAAGCCGGACGAGGAUCACUCCGUGGUGCUCACUGGUAUAACCCCAGGCCAGGGCAGUUUUCCGCUGAUAGGAGCACCGGCCAGGGGUUUCAGCUUUCAUCUUGCUGCUGCAAAGGGAAAUGUGGACUGUCUAAGGGUGAUGCUGACACACGGCAUUGAUGUCUCGGCACAGGAUAUAUCAGGGCACAGUGCAUUACAUUUGGCAGUGAGAAAUAACCACAUAGAAUGUGUUAAAAGACUUCUUCAGUCUAAAUGCCCAGUCGACUCCACGGACAAUGCAGGAAAAUCUCCCAUGCACUAUGCAGCUUCAAAUGGCUGUGUUGCCUCGGUGCAAAUUCUCUGUGAUCAAAAAUGUCCAACAAAUAUUAAAGAUUUGGAAGGAAAUACCCCACUUUUAGUCGCAGUUCUGCAUGGCCACAUUGAAGUGUGCAAGUAUCUCUUGGACCAUAGGGCGGACGUUAAUGUUAAAGAUGCCAAUGGAAGGACACCUUUAAUGUUGGCUUGUGAAUCCAGUAACUUUAACAUGGUGGAUAUGUUCGUGCGCAACGGGGCUGAUCUCAGGCUCACGGAUUCCUUGGGGCAUGACGCUCUUCAUUUUUCCAGAUUGUCAGGAAAUUCGCAGAUCAUCAAUCUCCUUGUAUCCAAAAUGAGCCAAGAGCCUGGAAUAGUGUCUCCAACCAAGCCUGUCCAGCAUGAUCAAGUCACUAAAUUAAGUACAGAGAGAAGUGGGACUCCCAAAAAGCGCAAAGCUCCACCUCCUCCUAUCACACCGUUACAGCAGAGUGACGUGUCUUCUCCCCGGUCUUCAAUAUCUACACCAAUGUCUGCACAAGGGCAGGUUUUCUUUCCUGAUCAAGGCGGCAAGGAUGAGAUUACAUCCAGCCGUCGGGAGUAUAGAGACAGACUGAGUGACAGCAUAGGAGCUGACAGCCUAUUGGAUGAAAGUUCCGAAGCUGAACACCAGGAAGCCAUUGCAUUGCUGCAAGCAAAGAUUGUUUCACUCACAUCCCAGAACAAGGAAUUACAAGAAAAGUUACAGGCAAAGCUGAACAGUGACAUUAGCUGUGAUUCAUACCAUUCUACACAGACCGAUUUAAACCUAUCCAACGUAAGCACUCAAGAAUCAACAUCACCCACAAUUAUUUCCGAGAACACAGAUAUUUCAUUUGAAUCCCAGCCCGAAGCCUCUAUCAGUGAACACAAACUAAGACAACUUGAGAAAACGAUUGACGACAUGCAACUUAAGUUAAACGAGUCUGAAGCAGAAAGAGAAAAGUUAGAAGCUCAGAUUCAGUCUACGUCGUCAAGGCUUCAGCAGUCGAUUAACGAGGAGUCUGUAGAGGAUGGUUCAGAUCUGGAGGUCCAGCCUUAUGGAGCAGAAGAUGAGAGACAGGAUAAAAAACAGAAGGCCAGUUUGCAACGAAUGUCGAAUGUUGAACAGGAAGAGCCUAAAGGCAUGUCGGAAGAGUCUCAUCAGAAAACAAUGUUGAUGCUUGAAGAGUUGGAGACAUUAAGGAGAAAUUACAAAAAUAUUCUAUCAGAAAGCGAUAGAAAGGACAAUGAGAUGAAGGAAUUACAAUAUCAAGUUGACUUAAUGACAGCCAACAUGGCCAACAUGGUGACACUGGAAAAAUUGGAGGAGGUGGAAAAAUCUUACAUCUCCCUUAAGGAACAGGUCAACCAAGAGAAAACCCAACUAAGAGAUACAUAUGAAAAGGAACUGAAAGGUAUGAAGAAACUUCAGAAAGAAUUAGAAAGUCGAAUGGAGAAGGCAUCGUCUGAUGAAGAUAAGCAGGACAAGGAAGCCGUGAUUAACACAAUAGAGGAACUGAAUAAGCAAGUGAGUGAAUUGACUUUGGCUUACAGGGAAGCCCAAGCUGAACUUGGAAAAGCAAGAGAGAAUGCACAGGAAGUCUCGUGUGACUUCAUUCAGAAAGAGGAGCAUGUGAAACUUCUGCAAGAGGUCAUAGAUGGCAAACAGCAAGUUGAAAAUGAUUUGGCUAGUAUGGCUUCCCAGCAUGCAAAAGCAUUGGAAGAAGCAUGUGAACUGAAGCAACGGUUACAGGAAGAACUGAGGGAUUCACCAGUAGUUGCAGAGUACAUGCAGGUCAUUGCAACUUUGAGAGACAACAUCUGUAGUCUAGAAGCUGAAAGAGAGGAGUUGAGAGUGGGCCUUUCUUCCCAAGAAUCUAAGCUCAGGGCUUUAGAGGAAGAUGUGCUGCAUGAGAAGACUGUGGUCCAAGAAACAAUGGUCACAAGGAAAGUUUUUGAAGAACUGCAGGCAUCUCUGGAGGAGGAAAUUGGCGCUCUCUCUUCUGAAAUACGAAACUUGCUGAAGGAGAAAGAAAAGCUGUCUAAUGAGAGUGCCCAAGUGAAACUGGAACUCACACAGGUCAAAGGAGACAAAGAUCUGAUUCUGUCACAACUAAACACCAGGGAACUUGAAAUCGAUGAUUAUCGCAUCAGGCAUGAGAAAGCACAGGAAGAUUUGCUGGAGCUGAAGAGAUUCUCCGAAAAUACUUCCAAGAUAGAAGAAGACAAAGACAAAAAGAUAAAUGAGCUCUCCAAGGAAGUGAGCAAACUGAAGGAAGCCUUGAACAGCCUCUCGCAACUGUCCUUAUCAACAAGCACACCCAAGAGACAGAGCCAGCAACUGGAAGCCCUGCAGCAACAAGUGAAACAGCUGCAGAGCCAGCUCAUAGAGACCAAGAAACAGCAUCAGGAGAUUGUAUCUGUUUACAGGAUGCAUCUACUUUAUGCCGUGCAGGGGCAGAUGGAUGAAGACGUGCAGAAAGUCCUUAAGCAGAUCCUGAUGAUGUGUAAAAGUCAGCCGCAGAAAAUGUGAUCGGUGUCUCACUGGGACAGACAGACACCUACUUCAGCACUGCCUCUUAGUAUUAAACUAGAUUGUCCUUCCAGGAAACGUCAAAUUAUGCUGGAUAUCAAAACUUUUGAGUUCUUCUGUAUCAGAAAACUGUGUAUUUUUAUAUAUUUUUUUUUUAAUAAGAAACCCUAGUUUCCAGUGAGAAUUGUACACGGGAGCCCAUAUACGGUCCCCAAUGCUGACUUAACAGUAAUGUCUUCACGUAGGAACAUGGAGAAACGCUGCUUGAACCCUAUCGUUAGUUAGCGUCACAUGAAAUGCUAUUAAUGCAUUACGUAGCCUGUAGCCCAUGGCUCAGUUUUCAGAAGCAACGCUAGUUAUGGAGUAGCUGUUUAGUACCUUGAAUUACAAUUAAUCCUAAAUGUUAGCUUUUUAUAAUUUUAUUUUUCAGAAUUGUGUCUUAUUAUUGUAAAUUUAGCCUUAUUUCGUUUUGGGUAAAAAAAAAAAACAAAUAGUGACAUCCACACGGAUUUCCAAAUAUACUAUUGCCUUAAUAUAUUCCAUAAAGGUCCUCCGUAUUUGUGAUGAU